AUGUUACGGAAGUUACAUGUGCCAGUCAAAAACCUCCUGGCGGCCACAGUGUGCGGCGCACCAAUGUCGCUCUUCUCUUCUGUCAGGUGGGAGAGAAACAAGGGUGGUGCUCUCGCAGGUGCGGCCGACGAGAAUGAGGAAGACUUUAACAUGAUAUUUAACGAUGACUUCCAAUUUCUCGACGAGUGCUUCGGUGAGGGGGGUGCCGAUAUCUUUGACUAUAUCCCAGAACAUGAGGCUGCUCUGUUGGGCCACGAAGGCACAUCGCAUCUAAAGCCGUCUGGUGGGGACCGCCGGAUUUAA